GAUGGAGAAACUGAAGAUGUGUCGGAGCCCGUACUUGUCGAUAUGACUGUAGCGCCAGUGGACUCGGACGUAACUUGCGUUUUAUAUGUAACAGCAGACUCAAGGGAGACUGAACAAGGAAUAUUGUCGAUGUGUAAUGUGGUGCUGCAACCCAUGUCCGCGCUGUGUACUGAUGACGAUUUCGAGGUGCGGAACUCGCCGAUUUAUAAUAUUCGCUGGUCUGUAGAGUCAUCUGCCAUAUACAGUUGCGCAUGGAAUUCCAAUUUGACACGUAUUGCGCUUGGGAUGGAGCACACUGCCAAAAUCAUGGAUGUGAUCACAGAGAAGUCGUUUGUGAUAUCAAGUCGCCGCCGGAACGUCAUAAGUCAACAUUUUACAUCUAAUGGAGAUCUGAUCUACAUGGGUUUGAGAGAUAGUGAUGUGAUUCUGUCCGAUUUGCGCAUGAAAAGUCAUCACGUAACGGGUUCCCUGAAGGGCUCUCGAUCGGCAGGUUGGAUACGACAACUCCGCCUAUCAUAUCCCCAGUGCGUGCUCAUUGAGAAUUUCCGUGGGGAGGUAAGCACUUGA